AUGGAUACUUGGUACCGUCUUGUCAUCGAAUUAGGAGAAGCGCAGAAAACUAGAGAGGCUUACCGCUUCUGGAACGGCAUUGAAUUUGACGACUCACUGGAAAAACCCGUACUCACAAAAAACUCAUUUUCCACAGCACCAGAAGACUGGAGGUUUGGCCAAAUACACUUUAGGCGAUUGCAGAUGAGCGUGAACGAGACGGGGUUUUUGGAGGCGAGCUUGGUCGGAACGGGUAUCGUCCACUUGUUUCGAGCAGGGAAGGAGUUCAGCAGGGUUGACGGUCAGGACGGAAGCCUGUACAAAAUCGCUGGAAAUGGAACCACCGUUUGCUUACUGUCUGUUCCUAGCUACUUAACUGCCCGUGAUAUGCUAUUCUCGUUCAUAGGAGAAACUGUCGUCGAACAAGCUUCCCACUUUCGAAUUCUACGCAGUAAUGACAACUUUAUGGUAUUGAUCAAGUUCCGGACCUCAGAGUUUGCCCAGCAAUUCAAGGAUAAAUUCAAUGGGAAGCGUUUCAACAAGAUGGAUCCAGGGACUUGCAAAGUUCUCCAGGUAUUGGAAAUCGUGUUCCAAGAUAGGCUUUUCCCGUCAGGUGGGACUCAGGGCUCUUUUUUCCCCAUGAGAGACCCAUUUACUUCUCAAGAGGUCAUUACCGAUGUAGAAUUACCAAGUUGCUCGGUGUGCUUAGAACGGCUAGAUUCAGAUGUUACGGGGCUCGCAACCAUCCCCUGCCAACAUACUUUCCAUUGCCGAUGUUUGAAUAACUUGAAAGAUAGCAGGUGCCCGGUGUGUCGCCAUUCGGAGCUUAAACUUUCAAAAAAUUCCCUCAUGCGCCAAGCAGCUCGUUGCAGCUCGUGCGGCUCCAACGAAAACCUAUGGAUUUGCCUCAUUUGUGGGAAUAUAGGUUGUGGGCGCUACAAUUUCAAGCAUGCUGUACAACACUUUACAGACACCGGCCACUUUUUUGCAAUGGAGGUCGCAACGCAGCGCGUUUGGGACUAUGCCGGUGAUAAUUACGUUCACAGACUGGUGCAAAACGAGGUGGAUGGCAAACUGGUCGAGGUCGGGUCAUCUUCCUCACAAGACCAUACAUCAAAGCGCGAUAAACAAUAUCAUCUAGAGUAUGUCCAUGUACUUCUAUCACAGCUGGAGUCACAACGUGAAUACUAUGAGACAAAACUGCGACAGGACUGGGAGGAAGUGCAGGCGGAACGUGAAGCGGAUAAAAAUUUAAUCGAGCUGAGUAGCUUGCAGCGGAAUAUUCAAGAUGUAAAGUUCAGUGCCUCUCAGUACCGCGUCAAAUCAGAACAGCGACUGGCAGAGGUACAGAGACAGCUAGAUGAAGAAAAGAUGUUGUGCAAAGCACUACAAACCAAUUUAGACCAUUCAGCCAACAAAAUCGAAGAUCUUCAAAAGCAGUUAAAGAAAAAUGCCUCUGAAAAGGAUGACUUACAAGAGCAGGUUAAGGAUCUGAUGUUUUUUCUAGAUUCACAAGAGAAGUUUAAGGAUGCCAACGAAAACGUGAAGCAAGGAACAGUAAUAAUAAAGCCCAAAAAAGCUACAAAAAAACGCAAAUGA